UACUCAUUAACCUGUGAGAUACUGUGCAUGUGGGGCUCCUUGGAGAUCUGCUCUGACUGUCCAUACGCAGCUUAGCUCUUUAUUGUUAGAUUUGGAAAUAAUUUCUAGUGGCUAUCUGAUUUUUUUAUUUAUUUUUUUUAUUUUAAAGAAAUGGAGCUGACAGCCAAGAGUCACUCUGCCACCAUGAGUAAUGGGUUAAAAAUCCCUCUUAUCGGUAUAGGGACUUAUGGAGACCCUCGGACGACUCCCAAAGGAACCGCAUAUAACGCAGUCAAGCUGGCCAUCGAGGUUGGAUACAGGCAUAUCGAUGGAGCUUUGGUGUAUUUCAAUGAGCCUGAAGUGGGACAAGCCAUCCGAGACAAAAUAGCUGAUGGAACAGUAAAAAGAGAGGACAUUUUCUACUGUGGAAAGUUAUGGAACACAUUUCAUCCUCCUGAGCUUGUGAGACCAGCACUGGAGCGAACUCUCCAGGCUCUGCAGCUGGACUAUGUGGAUCUCUACAUCAUCGAACUCCCCAUAGCUUUUAAGCCAGGAGAUGCUUUCUAUCCAAAAGAUGAGAAUGGGAGACAUAUCUACCACGACACAGACCUCUGUGCCACAUGGGAGGCAUUAGAGGCCUGUAAAGAUGCAGGGCUGGUAAAAUCUCUCGGAGUGUCUAACUUCAAUAAGCGGCAGCUGGAGCUGAUCCUGAAUAAGCCAGGUCUAAAGUACAAACCUGUGUCAAAUCAGAUUGAAUGCCACCCGUACUUCACUCAGCCUAAAAUGAUGGAAUUCUGUAAGCAGAAUGAAAUUAUCAUUGUUGGAUACAGUCCUCUAGGAACAUCCAGAGACCCAUCUUGGGUGAAUUUAAAGUGUCCCCCUUUGCUGGAAGACGAGCUUCUGGUGUCCAUCGCUAAAAAGUAUAAGAAGUCCACAGCACAGGUUGCGCUCAGAUUCAAUGUGCAGCGAGGUGUGGUGGUCAUUCCCAAGAGCUUCAGCCCGAGGCGCAUCAAAGAGAACUUUGAGAUAUUUGACUUCUCUUUGACUGCUGAGGAAAUAAAAGCGAUUGAAGGGCUUAACAAGAACAUUCGCUUUGUGGAGCUUCUCAUGUGGAGUGAUCAUCCUGAAUAUCCGUUCCAUGAAGAAUAUUAAAGCAGUUUUAUAUCUGCAACAAAAUGAACAUCAAUGCAUGAUAUAAAUGUGACACUUUUUUGUUGACAGAUAUCAGCGUACUCCUCAUAGUUACUGUAAUGUUUAAUACAGUAUACAAAUAAACCAUUUUAUCACAAA